AGCGCAGUCCUUUGCGCGUUUAAUCUUGUUUCUCAUAAUUUCAAUGUUAAUAUCAGUUCAAGUUGAAUGUGAUGUUUGCCCAAAAUUCAAGCGUUAUGGGUGCUUCAAAGCCAAGUUUAGCUCAAGCAAUUUUCUCCCUAAGCUGUUGUUCACUGAUCGCGACCAAAGAUCAAAAUCKUUUAGUGGUAUAAAGAUUGACUGGAAAAACUGGAACAACUAUAUUUCCGACCUCGCAUGUAGAUGCGCUAUGCGCGCAAAACAAUCUAAUUAUACCUACUUUGGUAUCCAAUACUAUGCGGAAUGCUGGAGUGGGGAUGUCCCUGCAGUCAAGGCCAAUGGUGAAAUGCAUCCUUAUAUAGUCAAUAUAAUGGAUAUUCGAUCAAACAAAUGCAUUGGAAAAGACCACAACCCWUGUUCUGACAACGACAAGUACUGCGUUGGAUCACAACACAUUUACUUCACAUACCAGCUAGCUAUUGACCACUGUGAAAAGAAACCCUGUCAAAAUGGUGGAAACUGCACCUCCGGAGAAAGCACUUACUCGUGUGAUUGUAAACCUGGUUACGAGGGAAAGAACUGUGGAUCAGAUAUAGACGAGUGUGCAUCAAACCCUUGUAGAAAUGGCGGUGCUUGUAAGGAUGGAGUUGACUCAUACUCUUGUGAAUGUAAAGAUGGAUUCGAUGGAAAGAACUGCGAGAAAAAAAUCAACGGCUGUUCCAAACAACCUUGUCAAAAUGGCGGUGUUUGUAAAGCCGAUGGAGUUGACUCUUAUUCCUGUGAAUGUAAAGUUGGUUACAAAGGGAAAACCUGUAAACAAAUCGAUACAGACGUUGCUAUCAAGAUAACGCGGGCGUCAGUAGAGGAUUACGUGAUGGUGAAGAAAACAYUCCCGGAAAUGCGCUCAUUCACAAUGUGUGUGUGGAUGAAGACUGCAGACAAAAGAGAUACCAGUACUAUCGUUAGUUAUUCCGUGCCUGGUAAUGAUAAUGAGCUGGUACUAAGUCGCCCUAAGAAUCUUCGGGUUUUCAUAGCAGGAGAGACUUGGAGUUCUUCAGUGGAUGUAACGGACAACCUGUGGCACCACGUUUGUCUAAUGUUUGAUUUUAAUGAUAAUAAGGAAGCUCGCAUAGAUCUAGAUGGGAUGUUUAAGAAAGCUAGACGUUUCUCAAACACGAUUCGUGGAAAAGGGAAGCUGAUCAUUGGWCAAAACCAAGAUAGUUUUGGUGGAGGAUUUGAUAAGAACCAAAAUUUUAUUGGUGAACUGACAGGACUUUAUAUAUGGRACUGGCCACUUACCGGUGAUGAAAUGAAGGAMAAAUGCAGUAAGGACAUGUUCGGAGCAAUAAUUACAUGGAGAGACGUCAUUUCYGGUAGUAUCCAUGGAGACGUUGCUUUGAUUUCCAAUUCUUGCAGAGAUAAAGACAAUGWGGACGAUUGUUUCAACGAGCCMUGCCAAAAUGGUGGCGAAUGUAUCGAUGGAGUCAAUUCGUACGAAUGUAAAUGUACAMGUGGAUUUGAAGGGAAGAACUGUGAAACCAAAUACGUUGGACUUCCUUCUGCAUGCAAAGAUUAUAAGAURUUGAACGCUCGUGACCGAUCAAUGAUGAAUCACGGGGGUGGGCUGAAGUGUGACAAGUUGGAUCUCAGCAAAGGCUGGUACCGCUUUGAAGGCGAGGCAGGAACAUCUAUCGCAACUAAAUGCCCUUCUACAUACUACUGUGGAACUAAAGCAACUGGAUGGAUGAAAGGCAAUCAUCCAAGCCAGGCAGAGGUGGCUGUCACUAGACAAGCAUGUUACAAUUGGGAUGGCAAUUGCUGCAGGUUUAAGAAUAGUAUUCGCGUGCGCAACUGUGGUGGGUUCUACGUGUACGAGCUGGAUAAACCUCCCCAUUGUCAUCUGCGUUAUUGUGGAAACGGAGAAACAGAUGUAGACGAUUGUGCGAAAAAGCCAUGCCAAAAUGGUGCCAAAUGUAUCGAUGGAGUCAAUUCGUACGAAUGUAAAUGUAAACCUGAAUUUAAAGGAAAGAACUGUGAAACCAAAUACGUUGUACUGCCUCCUGGUAUUGACCACUGUGAAAACAAACCGUGUCAAAAUGGUGGAAAGUGUACCUCCGGAGAAAGCACUUACUCGUGUGAUUGUAAACCUGGUUACGAGGGAAAGAGCUGUGAAUCAGAUGUGGACGAUUGUGCCAAGACGCCUUGUCAAAAUGGUGGCGAAUGUAUCGAUGGGGUCAAUUCGUACGAAUGUAAAUGUAAACCUGGAUUUAAAGGAAAGAACUGUGAAACCAAAGUCGUUGUACUGCCUUCUGGUAAGUUUUUACUCUUGAUAUCAGUGCUCAAUUUAUGCUUCCAUUUUAUCUGCAAUGACUUAAGUUUAGAUGGAAAUACCUGUACAAACAAGCAAAUUAAAAUUUAA